UUCUCGUGCAUUGAAAGCUAGCAAAUAAAUGCUUAAAAUCAGCAAUGUUUGACUGUGUAUAUAUUAAUUAAAAUACUCUAUUUCUUGUGCUUUUAUUUAAUACGGAUAUAUUUAACUACAAAAAUGAGAAUUCGAUGGUUGAAAGUUUUGUCUCCUAUCAAGAAGACAAGAAUUAUUUAUAGAUAUUUGACAACAGCUCCAGAUAUUAAUAAAUGUGAAGGAACAAUAGAACUGCUAGGUAAUAAGUACCCAACUGAUGAGUGGACAAAUAUAACUCCAAAGAUUAUUUCAAAACUUGGACAAAAUCUCCAUGUUACGAAAAAUCACCCACUGUCGCAUGUGAGACAACGUAUUGUAAAUUAUUUCUACAAAGCUUAUACUAGUCAUACAGGGAGCCCAUUGUUUAGUGUUUAUGACAACUUGAGUCCAGUUGUGUCAGUUGCUCAAAAUUAUGAUUCGUUGCUUGUUCCAAUAGAUCAUCCCAGUCGAAAAAAAAGUGAUUGUUACUAUGUAAAUCAAGAUACAAUGCUAAGAGCGCACACCACAGCUCAUCAAUCUGAAUUGAUUACAAUGGGUCUAGAUAAAUUUCUUAUCAUUGGUGAUGUUUAUCGAAGAGAUGAAAUUGAUUCAACUCAUUAUCCAGUAUUUCAUCAAGUCGAUGGUGUACAUUUGUGUACCGUAAAUGAAGUAUUCCAGAAUGUGAAGGGUUCCAAUAAUAACUUAAAUAUUUUUGAGCAUAGAGGUGUUGAAAAUACUGAUAAACAAGGAUGUCAUACUUUGGAAGCUGUGAAAGUAAUGGAGCAUGAUUUGAAAACUGCAUUAGUAGGAUUAGCCAAAGAUCUAUUUGGGAAAGAUAUCAAAUGUCAAUGGGUUGAACAGUAUUUUCCUUUUACCCAUCCGUCUUGGGAACUAGAGGUCUUUUAUAAUGGAAAAUGGUUAGAGGUGCUUGGAUGUGGGAUAAUCAGGCAAGAAAUCCUACAUAAAUCUGGAACACCAGAUAGAAUUGGAUGGGCUUUUGGUCUUGGUAUCGAGAGGCUUGCAAUGUGUUUGUACUCAAUUCCAGACAUUAGGUUAUUUUGGAGCACUGAUAGUGGAUUUUUGAAUCAGUUUAUUACAAAUGAUGUGAACAAACCUAUUACUUACAAAGCCAUCAGUAUACAUCCACCCUGUAGCAAUGACAUAAGUUUCUGGUUGCCACAAGAAUCGUCAUAUUGCUCUAACGAUUUUUAUGAUCUCGUCAGAGAUAUUGCUGGCGAUACCGUCGAGCAAAUUCAGAUGGUAGAUGAAUUCAUCCAUCCAAAAACAAAAAAAGUCUCGCAUUGUUAUAGCAUUGUUUAUAGACAUAUGGAACGACCUUUAACACAGAAUGAAGUGAAUGAAAUUCACAAGAAAAUUGAAGAGAUGGCUAAAAAGCAGUUGAAUGUUAUUAUUCGCUAAUUAGAAUUGUUUAUUAGGUUUGUA